AUGGCGUCAGUGUCUACCCAUGGGAACCAAGACAAGCCGCACUUGCCGCCACUAAGCAAGCAGAGCCUGCUGUUUUGCCCAAAAUCAAAACUGCACAUCCACAGAGCGGAGAUUUCAAAGAUUAUCAGAGAAUGUCAAGAAGAAAGCUUCUGGAAGAGAGCCCUGCCCUUUUCUCUCGGAAGCAUGCUUGUUACCCAAGGACUGGUCCACCACGGUUAUUUAGCAGCUAACCCAAGAUUUGGAUCUUUGCCUAAAGUUGCACUCGCUGGUAUCCUGGGAUAUGGCCUGGGAAAGGCAUCGUACAUAGGAGUCUGCCAAAGUAAAUUCCAUUCCCUUGAUGAUCAGCUACGUGGGGCUGGUUUUGGUCCAGGGCACAACAGGCACUGCCUGCUUACCUGUGAGGAGUGCAAAAUUAAGCAUGGAUUAAGCGAGGAGCGAAGUUCACAGCCUUCAGCUUCCUAG